GGAAUUUCAAAACUGAAAACAUUCAUAAUGCAUUUUCUUCUGCCUAUUUAAGAGAAUAAAAAACGAUAACCCCAAUAUGUCAAGACAGACACCAUCUCCAGAGUUUGACAUCACUGAUCCGUCUAUGCUUGCGGAAUUUGGUCGGUCCAGUAACAUAGAUGAGAGGACGAUAUUUGGUACACCUGAACCACAAGCAGCUUCAACAGUUGGUAGACUGGCUAGAAAAUCAAGGCAAGUUGACACAGAGCGAAUAGCCCUAGGUUCAUUCUUAGAUGACUUAGCAGAGACAUCACCCCCUGUCAAUGUAGACCAGUUAGGUCUCAUCAAUAUUGAACUCAGUGACCUUGACCUUACACAGAAGGGUAUCUCCAAAAGCAGAACUGGUGGAAAUGGAAUGGAAAAUCGAGAGCAGUUUAGCAGGUUGAUGUUGCCUAGCAACCAGGAAGACCCCUUGGGUGCAUCAGGUAGAUCAUCAAGGUCGUCUAUGGGACUGCUUUCCCUGGAUGGGAUGCAAGAUUUAGAUCAAUCUGGUUUGAUUUUGCCCAGUCCAGAAAAACAGCCACCACCCACUCUGAACUCGCAUAAUCCUACACCCUUAGACCAUAACCGUAACCCCUUGGGCCAUAAUCCCACCCCCACGGGCCAUAAACCUACACCUUUGGGCCAUAACCCCACCCCCAUGGGUCAUAAUCCUACUCCCUUGGGCUCCAUGCGGAAAACGGACACACCCUUCACAUUUGGAGAAACUCCUUUGGCUUCUACCAUUAGGAAAAAAACAGAUAUCCCUGGAUUGCCCCAACCCCGAAAUAUAAAUCUUGUGAAUACUGGAGCACCACCUAUUGAGGAAACUGAUGUUGAUGCUAGUAUACACGAGGUGCAAUUUGAAGAUGAUGAGCUUAAAGAUUUUGAUGAUGAUUUCAGUGAUCUGGAUAAUAAUAGUACAUUUACAGAGGAUAAUAAAUCUGACCCACACCUGAACUUUGAAGGUCAUCAGGGACGCGAUCAAGGUCAAGGUCAUGAAUUUCAAGGUGAAGGUCAAAGUAUACUGGAUGAUUCUAUGAAUCAAGGAACAGACAAACAAAAUGAAAUGAGUGAAUCCUUAAGGCAGUUCUUAUCAAAUGAGAAACUGUUAGCAAGCCCCUCACAACAGCAUCUGGUGGGUAAGGCACAACAAUUUCCCGAUUAUAACCUAUUAGAUAAAAUCCCCGUGAGUGAGGCUCAACCCCAGCGUCAUUUUCCUGAUUAUUCUACCAUGGACCGACCAUGUGCUGAAGGUAAUGGAAGUGACGAGCACCCACCUACAUCCAUAUAUGGGCAAGGUCCCUUAUCUCGCUAUAACCUACAACGCCCUGUUUCCUCUAGGCCUCCAGGGGGCUAUAGGGGACGAGGAAGUGGCAGUGAUCUAGAUACUGAAGAUGAGCUGGAAGCCAUCCAACAGGAACAAGAUGACCUCGUUCGUCGGAGAGGUGACAGAUCAAGAGGGGAUGGACAACAUCAGAAUACAAGACCAGGUUUAGUUGGGGGAAGUUCUGAUGAAAAUGAAAGCCAAGGACUGAAUGAUCGUCAUGGUGAUAUGAAUGUACGCCAGAGUGCUGAGGGAGAUAUAGCCAUUCCAUCUCCUGUGCCUGGGGAUGGAGGUGGUGGAGGAGAUGGGAGCAGUGGACAUGAAAGUGAUGAUGGACUUAUGUCUCAAAGCUCAGUACACUCUAGUACAGGAAGUCACCCCCUGGGGGCUUUCCCCCAGCAGACGACAUUUGACAUUCUUCGUGGCCUAGGCAUUGGUGCUAGUGAAGCAGAACAGAAUAACAUACAGGGUACCAUCCGCAUGCAGCCACAGGGUACUGAUCUAGAAUGGGAGCCUAAUAACAGACAAGUCAGGUUUGCAAGCACAAUGGAUGUUCGUAUGAGGACACUCUCUGGUGCUUCUAUAGAUCAUGAGGAGGGAGCGUCCUCCCUUGGAAACAAUACUAGGCCUGGACCACAGGAUCAAGAGCCUGCUUCCACUCAAGAUGAACCGGAAUCCAUGUUAGCCGCCCAUUUCUUGUUGCCUAGCAACCAAGGACGAAGGGAUGGUGAUGUCACUGAGUAUACAAUGGAUGCUAGCUCAUUCCAGUGGUCCCAGGCUUACCCAGGAGACUCUGGAGACAGAAAUAAAGGCCCUAUGCCAGAUGGAGAGAAUGAAGACAUAUUUCAAGCAAGGCCAUCUUUAGGUAGUUUUGGAAAUGCAUCAUCCCCACCAGGUGGCGCGGCUGUUGACCUGACUUUUAGUCCAAGGUCGUCGUUGGCAGGAAGUAAUUUCUCUUUGGGGGCAUUUGUUCCAGAGAAUCCCAUUGAGGAUAAUAAUAACCCAGGCAUCUUCUUGGAUGAUAAAGGGGAAGGAGUGACAAAUCUUGCAUUCAAAGACACAUUCCUGCAAGAGGCUCUUGCUCAACAGGUGGCGCUGGGACAGCAAUUUCAAGAUUUCACACCAGGUGGCAAUAGUUUUCCCAAUGAGGCAGAACAAUCAUUUAACAAUGAAGAAUUUUUCUCUAAAGGUGAUGGUCUGGCGAUGUUGGAAGAAGACCAGAACCAGUUUGAAAAGGAGAAUGUCUUUGUACAGGAAGAACAAAUGCAGGAAUCUGUCCAUCAGAAUCCAGAUGAGUCGUGGGCCUACAAGACAAGUGAACAUUUUCAUGAGCGUCCAUCCUGGCUCUCCCCUAAGGAGUCAUCUGAUAGAAGUGAUUUUAUGCGUAUAUCUAUCGGGAGGUUUAUCGGAGGCAGAACUGAGGCAUUGGGCUCUCUUGGAGAUUCAGCUGCAGCGGAACGGCCCACAUUUGGGAGCAACAUUGUCACUCCACCUGGAAACCGUAAACCUGUGCCUCUUAUUCAGUCCUCCCCUAGGCUCAGUAAUAUUCUGGAGGGUCAAGGUCAGGGAGAUAGCCAAGGUCAAGGGGUCAAGGUCGAUUAUGUGAGAAGAUCAGGUGUUGGAAGCGAUAUUGAAGGAGACCAGACAUUGCACUCCAGUGAUAUAGCACAUGUUGAGAUGGGACAAAACUCUACCCUUAACUCAACCCUCACAGCAACAGAUGCUACAACUGCUGAUAGAGAAACAGACCCUUAUGCCAUGCAUAACAAACAAGGAACUGGUGUCAACAAAUUGAACUCCAAUUCAGAGAAAUUUGAUGACGCUGCAAACAUAAUGAAACCAGAUACAAUGACCCACCAGAUGAAAGAUUCUAGAAUAGAUAAAAAAGAUGACAUUCUAAAAACCCCAGAUACCAUGAGUCACCAGGUAAAAGAUUCCAGAAUAGAUAACCAGAGUGUCAGGUUCAACAUGGAAGAUACACAAACACCAGAAACACCAAGUAUCACUGAUAAGGAGAUAGAGAGCAUCACGGGAAGAUCAAGCACCAAUAGCUCUGAUACAUACAGCUCUGAUGAACGAAGUAGAAGUGUCACUCCUACCGAUACAUCAAUCGUUAACAAAACAGGCGUCAUGAAUAUCAGCUCAGUUAGUAAAUUGAUUCAAACAGCUUCAAGCAAGGCUAAACCAGAAGAGUUGUCUAAAAUGAUAUUCGCAAUGUCCCAAGCUAAAGCAACUGAGAAGCACAAGCAGCAGCAGAUGAAGCUCCAAACAAUUAAAGAUGCAAAUAAGCAAUUGUUUGAUCAGAGGGAGGUUGCUGGAACAGCAGAUGUCAGUACAAAUACAACAAUUAAUAAGGAGGCUAUUGGAACAGCUAAAUCAGGAACCAUCGAGAAUGGUUUAAAAACGAAGUCUUCUCUGGACCGCAGUUUGGGAGGAAAUUCUUCAACAACCAAUGAACCAACUAAAACUUACAAGAAACCUACAAUUCAAUCAGAAACCAGUGCCAUAGAUCUUACUGCUGACACAUCAAGUGAUAGUUUUGAUAAGAUCCAACCUCUCCAUACUAGCCCACAUGAUACUGCACAGUGGAGCUCACCAAGAAUGAGCUCUAUAUAUAACAAGGGGACUGAGCAACAUGAGGAGACAUUAAAAAUAGACAAUGAAAAUCAUAUAAUUGAACCAAGAAAACUAUUCAAGGAGGAAUCCGCUAAGAAGUCACAGAGGGAGUCCAAUGGUAACAUCCCUGAGACACUUCCUGCCGUUUCUAAAUCAGAUAAUAAAGAUGUAUCAAGAUAUAGUGGUUCUAGGGAUUCCUUUAAAAACAAAUUAGAUUCAAGGCCAAAUAAUGCACAAUCAAGAUCAAGAGAUACUGAAAGGAGCACAAAGCCUGUUAAAAGCCAGAUACCAAGUUCCAAUGGUGGUGUUUACCCAUCAGGCAAAGUAAAGGAGGUAUCUGACCAUAAUACCCAACCAAGUGGUGCUAAUCUAAAGACAUAUAAACCCUCCAAUACCUCAAACUCAAAUGAAACAUCAGAUUUUUUAGAACCCGUUACAUCAGCAUCCGAACUCAAGAAUUCACGUAGAGAGUACAUGGUAGGGUCAAGUAAACCCAGUCAGAGACUCAGAGAAAAUCCACCCAUGGAUAUUGGCCAAAUGCCAAGCGCUGAUGGGAGUCAAAUGUCAAUUCAAAAUGCACCUCAAGUGCCUAUAAAUGAACGUAAAAGUUUCGGGAAGAAUAAAGCACAAAGAUCAAACCAGCAACCAUCUAAUAAUGAAGAUAUGGCCCAGAAAAACAUCGUAGGAUCAGGAUCAAGAAGCAGUAAAGAUCAGAGAUCAAAGACAAAUAUAUAUCAGGGAUCAAGAGUUGGCGCUUAUCAAGGGUCACUCCCUGAAGAUAUGCACAGAUUAUCAAAAGAUCGUGGAAGUGUUGAAAGUCAAAAAUCAGUACAAAAUUAUAGCCAACAAUCAGUUAGUCAAGAAAGCCAAAGAUCAUUGGCUGGUGAAAACCAACGGUCAGUGAGUAGAGAAAGCCAGAUGUCAUUGGCCAGUGGAAGAUCGAGUGGUUUAACAAUGAGUGAACUAAGUUCAGGAAGCUCGCUCACUAUGGUGACCCAAACAGAUGCUGGGUUAAGUUCAUAUGAUCGUUCAUCACAAUUCUCUUCUCAGAGCUCAGCCACAGAGAAAGCCCUUGAUAAGCCCAGUUCAUACCUCCAGGUCAAUAGAGACCCUAUUAGGUCAACCACUUCACCUGAGAGUGAGAUAUCCGAAUCUAGUGUGGGGAAUGACACCUCAGGGUCCAGUGCUGGGAAUAAAGAAAAGUUGAACUCAAUGAUAUCUGGGAACUAUGAGAUCUCUAAAGAUAUAAAGAGAUUGUCAACAAAAAUGGACAGUUUUGAAAUAUCUUCAAAACAGGUCUCUGAGAAGUCUGUCAAUGUUGCCAUGGAGACUCAUCAAGAGGUGAGGGACACACAGACAACCCCUGAAGUACAAACUGGUGCCCCCACAGAUGCAAGAGCAACCCUAGAGCAAUUGCACAAAAGACUACGUCUGGCAAGUACACCGAGAUACGCAUCUGGUGUGGUAACAGAUAACACUUCUCCCGAUUAUAUAUCCAGGAUAUCAGGAUUUGGGGAUGAUUCACAUAUGUUUACCUCCCCAUUGGAGAGCUCCACUUCUACAUCACAUAUAUCCCCAUCACCCCAACAACAGAAGUACAAAAACAGCCAACAACCAGGGACUUCAAGUGAUCAACUGUCCAAGCACAUUGAAAACAUAAAACAAUCACCAAAAUAUUCCCCAAAAUCUUUUGAAAGAUCCAGUUCUGAGUCAUCACUUGAUAGUUUAGUGGGUCAGAAGAAAAGUCCAUCUAACCAGAGGCACAGAGCUAAUCUAUCAGAUAAAUUAAGUACAAGUUCAGAUGUGAAGAAUAACUUAAAUAAGUUAUCCCCCUCAAGAUCCCAAAUAUCUAGUCAAAUAAGUGGAGAGUCUACCACCAGUCAGUCAAUCCAGGAUAGUCAUACAACCAAGCAGUCAUACCACACUGAAAAUGUUACAGCUGAGGUGCCCAAUCCAAGGUCAAUGCCUGCACCAUUCAAUGGUGAAUUCCAAUCUUCAAAUGCUUAUAUUGGACAAACUCCAGGAUUUGUCAGUUCUAAUGCUUAUGGACAGAGUAGAGGAAAUGUCUACCUAGGGGACACUUUGAAUUCAGUUCAAGGGGCACAACUGUUGGGACAUACAGUGCCACCUAUAUCUGCUUUUCAGCAUGACUUUUUACCCCAUGCAUCACAAUCCAUUCCUACACUUCUAACCAGCCAAUCACUGAGCUCCACAUCUUUGGCAUCCAGUUAUCUAACCAAUAGACCGCCUAGAACAACUCGCCCACUUUCGGCACAGGAAUACCAAACAUCCUAUAAUGCAGCAAACAUUCCCAAAAGGCCAGCAUCCAAGUUGGAUCACCAUAGCAACCAAGUGCCAUCUAUAAGUCAUAACUAUAAUACAUAUGGAUAUUCUGGUAUGGGGACUCCUCUGGUCCAUGGUGAGACCCCAUUGAGUCAUGGUCAUGCUCAGACCCUCCCAGGGAAUGGCCAUACUUACCUGACCCCAAGUUCCAUGCACUCCCUGAUGUCACAUCCUAUGGGCAGUUCUACAGCUAGCUACAAUACAUUUACACAUCCAGUUUUCCCAAGUAUACAAGCUCCUGGUCAACUACGCAUUCCAGAAGUCUGUUGCGUCCAUCUCUCAUCAACAGUCUCUUUGCCGAUCACUAAUCCCACCACUAGAUGGCUUAAGUGUGUCCUGACGAUCAUCGCGCUCAACGUCAAUGGCCAGAAUAGAGAUGAGAGGGCUUAUGUGCCUUUUGUUAUCAAACAGAAAACCAUGAUAGAACCAAACAGUAAAGAGGAUAUCAAGAUAAUAUUUAGUCCAAGACAACCUGGUGUUCAUGUUGGAGAGCUGCAGAUUCUAGCAACAUCUAUAGUUGGUGAUAAUGCAACAGAGGAAAGCCUUCCAGUGAGGGUCAACCUCCAAGCAGUGGCUGAAGUCCCCAAUAUUGAGUUAGAGAGACCACUACCCAGCAGUAUGCCAGUAAGACUAGACAGUGAUACCCUGGCCCAGGCUUGUGACUUUGGUGAGCUGCCUUGGGGGAGUGAACACUCCAUGGCUAUUAAGAUAUACAACAAAGGCAGGGCUAAUGUCCCAGUCAGAAUCACUAUCAAUGCAAAUUCUUCAUGGCAUUGUUUCUCGCUGAAGUCCUCACGUGGUAGUCUACUACACAUGGUCUUGAGGGGACAACAGCAUGAAGUAGAGAGUGCUCACUUGGAGGAGACUGUUACCAUACUCUUUAAAGCCCCACAAAGGAAGGUGGACAAACGCUACUUAGACAUGCCUGCUGAGAGACUAACUGCCAGCCUGAAUGUAUGCCUGGACCACCCUAGUAAAUCUGAACUCCUGGGUAGUAUGGAGCUGGUUGCAAUAGCUGGCACUGCACGGAUACAUGCACCUAAAAGUCUGGAUACUAUAGUACUGCAUACAAGCCAGGACCAACCAGUGACAGAGGUGCUUCCCCUAUUGAACAAAGGCAAUAUUCAGUUAAGGGUAUCCCUCUCAGUAACAGAUGAGACCCAGUAUUUCACUGUGCUACCAAGUACUCUGUGUAUAAAGCCAGAAGAGGAGGCUGAUGUCGUCGUCAAGUUUAACCCAAAAAAGAUUAAACAAUCUCUAUCGAGCACACUACUAGUUAUGGUUGAACCUGCUGGGCCAGCAUAUGAGAUGGAACUACGGGGUGAAGUGGCCAGUUCUUCCUCAAAGACAAGCAAAUACACAGGCGCUCUCCCCACUGCAAAAGGUGGACGUGUUUCACACUCUCGAACAUCCACACUCAAAGGCAUCUCCCACGAUGCACCUGAAGUGGAUGAUACCUCUCAUAAGGACAUUCGUAGAAAUACUAGUGUUGAACCUCAUAGGGAGAAGAAAGAAGAAGGCCUUUUGAGCAAUAAACAGUUUCUAUCUUGGGGAGGGGUACCUGUAGGUGAUGCAAUGCCCCAGAAAGUGUCACUGAUCAACAAGACAUCCAGUAUGAUGAAACUAACGGCUCAAAUAAAAAGCAAUACAACAGACUUUCAGUUCCAGUGUCGCUAUGGUCACGUAGAGGAACUAACCAAUAAGAGAGAGCUGAUUCUAAAGCCAGGGGAAGAAUACGAUAUCUAUGUGGUAUUCUGCCCAAGUUCACUUGCCUCUGUAAAAUCCAAGCUCAGGAUAAAAGUGAUAUCUGAUGUAAAGCCAACAGCCUAUUCAUUACCAUUGAUGGGCUAUGGUGGUGUAUGUAACAUACUACUAGAGGACACCAAUUCAGCUGGUUUCCAUAACAACGCAGUAAAUCUUGGCAAUCUUAUCAUCGGGAAUGAACAUGUUGCACGAGUGAAAGUUCGAAACAUUGGAGCAAGAGCUGGUUAUGUGAAGGCGCUGUGUUUUACUGAAACUGCAUGCAGAAUUAGACUGCCAUUCACCAAGGCAUCAGUUGAACCAAGUGAAUUUAUUCUACAACCAGAUGAAUCAAAGGUAUGCCUGGUGUCAUUCCGGCCUGCUAACAGAGACUGUGUGUUGUGUAGAGAUGGUCCAACAAUGGUGGCAGUGGUGGCGUUUUAUUAUGGGGAUGCUUUGGCUAAAGGAAAAUUCAGGAAGUCACUUCAAAAAUCUCGUCAUAAACCUCCAGUACCAAGCCAGGCACUCAGAGAUGUGGAUUUUGAUGUCACUUAUCUGGGAGAGUCCAACUUGGAUGACAACACUAGAAACCCUGACCUUUCCCCCAAUGAUUUGGAUUUAUUCUACAACACAAUGUCCAGCAAGAUCGUGUCUUUAGUUGGGGAAUCUCAUGAUGACACGACAGGGGGUGGGGGAAGCAUCCCCCAAGGGGUGGGGAUGUUUGAAGGCAUGGGACCACUACCUCUGGAUGAUAGUGCUAUGACUGUCAUGGAUGACACCAGGAGAGCUACACUGGAGCCUACUUUCCAUAGAGCUUCCAUGCUGCCACAGUCAAGUAGAGAUGUUAUGCCAAGUAUGCCAUCUCCUCCUGUGAAGGAAACAUCUGCUCCCUCUGUUGGUAGAUAUUCUGCUCCCCAGAUGGCAGCAUCUACAGACACGCAAUCUGAUUGGUUGAUACGACCACCUCAGAUUAUUCUCCCUGCCCCUAAGAAAGAUGGCCCCUUGCAGACAGAGAGGUUAUUACAACGUGUUCAGAUUGUCAAUUAUAAGGACACCACGCUAAGGUUUGAUUUACUCUGGCCUGGGCACUGUCUCCAAGUCACACCAGAGCAAGGGGAAGUCCAGUCAAAGAGCUCAACUAUUGUAUGCAUCAGUGCCAGUGCUUCUAUACAUAAGAACAAUGUCAAGCUACCAUGGAAGGGUACUGUUCAAGUCAAUGUGGAUGGACAAUUUAAGCCUUUAAGUGUUCAAAUCAGACCUGAUUUGUCAUUGGAUAGUGCCUCCAUGAAUUCAGAUUUAGAACAGCUGUCAUUGGCUAAAAUGCCAUCCACUCCACUGGUUGCUGUAGCAACAGCCAAUCAGAAAGAUGGAGACAAUUUGAAAGUGACCAAUACAAAACUAGUCCUACCACCUGUGCCAAUAGGAAAAGAUUCAGAGAGCAAGUUAGAGAUCCAGAAUAUAAGCCGUGAUGCUGUUUCAUGGAGCAUUGUGGCCACCUCUGCUGCAUAUUGUAAGAAUAUGACCACUGGUGAAGAUACAACUAGGAUUACUUACUCCGUGUUCAGAUUUGUCAGAAAUCAUGGUGUCUUGCAGCCUCAACAAGAUAUAGCAGUACCUGUGUCUUUUAUGCCACAAUCUGAGGGGGAGUACUCUCAAGUGAUGGAACUGCGAACAAAAUCCAAUGCAGCUGUUGCUGCAGGGGAACAUAAUAUAAAAGUCUUCCUUGUUGGGGAGGGUUACUUUGAAAGUGAUGAAUCUAGAGAACGCUGGCAGUCUAGGGGUAACCACUCUAGUGGUAGAAUGAACAGAUCAUCACUAGAUAAGAUAGUAGCCCCAAGUAGGAGAUCACUAGAUAACAGAUCAGGAGGGAGAGACAGCUGGCUGAAGAAGGACAUUCUUACAUUCCCAGAUACAGUUCUAAAUGGAAAGAACACAUGUAAACUUGAGUUGAAGAACUCCACUGAUAGUCCACAUACACUUGAAGUGAUAUCCCCACAACCUCCUUACUAUGUCAGCCACAACAAAAUCAAAGUCAAGGCAGGUCACUUUGCAAGAUUACCUGUUGACUACAGACCUACCACACUAGGAGAACACAGGACUCUGCUAGUGCUACGUAUAGACACUGG